AGAAUCCCUCCUAUGCCAUACUCAAAUAGUUAUCUAGCCUCUACUUGGAGACUUUCAUUAAGAGGGGAUCCACUUCUUGAGGCAGCCCAUCCUGCCAUUGGAUAGUUCAAAUUGUUGGGAAAUUUUCCAACAUUGUAAUGCCCAAAUUUGCCUUUCUGCAAUUUGUAUUCAUUGCUUCCAACGGCAGUCCUUCAAAUAUCUGAACACAGACACAUCUAUCACAUCCCUCAUAAGGCUUCUCUUUUCUAGGGUGUCUCCCUGGGUCCUUUAACAGAUUCUCACAUGACACGGAUUCAAGGCCCUUCACCAUCCUGGUUAUCCUUGGAUACUCCUCAGCUUUUCCACAUCAAACUGUGGCUCCCAGAACUGAACUUAAUAUUUCACAUAUGGUCUGAUUAAAGCAAAUAAGGUGCUUUUCUAUCUUACAGUUAUGGGUUUCUAGUCUAUCUCCUCUUUUCUCACAGAAUCUGAAAAGCUUCCUUCCAUACUUAAAAAAAAAACCAACAACCCCAAAUCAUCUUACCUUCUACCUUAGUAUUGAUUCUAAGACAGACUUGUCCAGGGUCACAUAGCUAGUAUGAGGCUACAUUUGAACCCAGGUCCUUCCAAUCCAGGCCUGGUGCUUUAUCCACUGUAUUACCUAGCUGCACUCUUUCUUCAUAUACUCUUUAGGACCAAGCCUCUUUACAUUACUCAGUGCUUUAAGCCCUACUGAUUUCCUUCUCUUUUGAACAUCUAUAUCACUGUGUACCAUUAAUUUUGGUAUUUAGUGUCAAUACAAAGCUGUUUAAAUGUUUUCCAGCAGAUUGUAAACUUUGAGGAUCAGGUUGUAUCAUAACUGCAUCUGGAGAGAUAAACUAGCACAAGCCUGGCCACAUAAAACCCACUAACCUCUUGCUGCAUUAUGCAUAAAUGAAAAAAUACUAUCACCCUUCAGUAGUUACUCUCCCUCCCGCUUCUCCCUUUCCUUCUUUUGCCUCACAAAUAAUUGCUUUAUUCUUCCACAGUGCAUCAGAUUGCUUCCAUUUCCAUCAGAAUAGGGUCUCUGAAGACAGAAACUGCAUUAGCCUCCUUGGACCAAGGGUUCUGAGGGGCACAGAUAAAAGCUGCUCAGGACAGGGAUGGGAUCCUAUCCCUUCUCCCUACUGACAAAGGUGCCCUCUAAAUAAGGGGUGUAAUGAUUUAGACUUUGUGUCCUCCCUAAUAAUGCAUGUAAACAGCCCUCACUUCUCCUGUAAGUUAGGUCGUAUAAGAAGUAUUAUCCCCAUUUUUAAAGAGAAAAUUGUGGCUUGGAGAUUGAACUCAGAUUUUCUGGGUGCAAGGAUCAUACAUCACCCUACCUCUGGGAUAAGGCUGUGGCUGCAUCAGGAUGAUUCAUGCUGGCCUGUGAGGUAGAGGAGCUACAGCACAUAGGGGGUUGUUGGGCUCUGCUGACUCUAAGACAACUCUCCCCUUCUCCCAAGUCCCUCCCCUUGCCCCACCCACUGGCCCAUGUGGUUCCCUGUAGCCCUGGACACAACAGGCACACAAAAGGCCAGUGCCUGAGAAGACAGCCUUUUUCUAAUCCAAGGCCAUGGCCAGCUCUGCCUUCCCCCCAGGGCUACCACCUCGGGGUCCUUAUUACAUCCCAGGGUAAGGCCUCCCCUACCUAAGGUGGUGGGGGAUUGAGUGGGGUGUGUAGGUGGGGGUGGCAGUGUAAAAUCAGUGAUGUCAGGUCUAGAAAAUAAACUGGGGUGCAAGGACUCUGGGCUGGAGGACAGGGACAGAAUGGCAGAGAAGUUAUGAGAGCAGUCACUUGGUCUCCAUUCCCAGGAGCAUGUUGUCAUCUCCUUGGUAACAGUCAGGGAAUAUGGCUACCAAGUAUUAAGGGCCAAGGGCCCUCCCUCUGACAUGGGCAUUCUUUUUCCUCCUCCCAGCUUCCUCAAUCUGAAAACAAAAAUGAAAUCCCAGUGCACUCACCUGUCCCUUGGAUGCAAAGGGACAGUUGAGACUUUGAUAAAUUGUUUUCUUCUGCUUCCAUGGAGAGAGGAAGUGGUGUGGGGGGUAUGGUGAUAUCUGAUAGAUGUAAGGAUCAUCAAGAGGGAAGUUUGCUGCAACAGGAGAAUAUGGUGGUGUUGGGAGGAUGUGAGCGACAGGGACUGAGUGGAUGGACUCUACACUGUAGGUAUACUGGACACUGCCCACAACUUGGAUUCUGCCUGGGUCAGACCUAUGGACGAUCAACGGGACACCUGCUGCGGUAUGGUCCCUCUGGCCUAGCCUGGCCCCCUGCCCACCGCAUACUUCUGCCCCCAAUCAAUACUGUUGGAUCUCUUAAGGCAGAAGAGCCUCCCUGGCACGGACAUGAGAGGAUCAACUCUAGCAUGAUCCCGGGGUACACAGGCUUUGUGCCCCGGUCUCAGCACAUCUUUGCCAAGAGAUGCACCCAGGUCUGGGCUGAAGCUUUAAGGGACUUCACCAGCCAGGCAGGUAGAGGGUAUAAAGAGCUGCCAGUGGUUCAGAAGGAGGAGCUGGAGUCCAAGACAGAGGAUGAGAAGGAAUCUGAACCAGAAAAGUGCCUGAGGCUGGAACAGAAACCAGGGGAAAAUCCCAAAACUUCCCCCUAUUCCAUGGAUGACAAAGAUCCUGGCAAAUUCUUCAUCUCAGGAUUUACUGGAUAUGUUCCCCGAGCCCGUUUCCUCUUCGGCUAUAGUUACCCUGUCCUCACCAAUCAGGCCCUGCAGGAAUUUGGGCAGAUGUGCCCAGUGGUCAGGGGUCAAAGGGGCCAUAAUACUCUUCCCACUCUUUCUAAGACUAACUCACAAGACUUAAGCAUAAUGCCCUACUAUAGGGGUUAUGUGCCAGGAGAGACCUGGGCUGGGAUGGGGGGGAGGAAAGACUUGGGGACAGGACAGUAAAGGUCCUAAAAGCCUGAGUAAAGCAGGUUGGGGCUGCUAUAGGACACCAGAUGGGGUGGACAGAGCAUCAGAGGGAGUCACAAAUAAUCUCAUUUUGCAAAUGAGUAAACUAAGGCAUCAAAAGAGAAUUAGCCUAAAGCCUAAGUUAGGGCAGAUCUGAGGUGUCUAUAGGUUGUUUGCCUAUUGAUCGGCAAGUAGUCCUGGGGGAAUUUAGGAAUGGAAAGGAACAGAGCCUAGUAAACACCCUAGUUGAGGGAAAUGCCUUCAAGGUACACACCACAUGGCCCUUGUUAUUUUCUAGGGGCUCCUAGUCACUUUUGUGUCUGCACUGUGUGAUGGCCUAUCUUGGCUUCACAGGCUAUAAGUUCCAGUUUGGCCAGACCUAUGAGACUCUCAUCCAUGAUGCUCUGGGACUCAGAACCCAGUAGAAAUAGCUCCAUUUUCACUCUCCCCAAAGCCAGUCAUGCUGAAGGAGGUGGGGAGAGAUGUCUGAGGAUAGGGGAGGAGCAGGGUCAGAGGCUGAGCACCUUUUUUAUUAAUAUGCAUAAUAAAUAAAUAAAUAAA